AUGUCUGCUCUUAGGCCGGGGAGCGCUGUAGGGCGGCGGGUGUGGAUCCUGCUCGCUAUGACCCACCUCACCCUGGAUCUCUCCCUCUGUACCCCCCUCAGUCAGGGCUUGGGGAUCAAGCUAACCUCCAAAUCUGUGCCUCGCUCCAGGCCCCGUUCCUCACAGCCCUUCUGGGAUGCUCCCAGCAUACUCCACUGGAGGACUGUAAGCCCACCAGGGCGUCGGCCCCUCAUCCCUGUCCCUCCACCCCUGGACAGCAGAGGUGUGGCAGGAGUGGGUAAUAAGCACAGAAGAGUGGCACAUAAAGGGCAGUUGUGUAAGGAGUGCCGGUCGAAAUACUCUCAGACAGAGGUGGGGCUUUUGUCAGCACCGGUUUCAAAGUCUUUGUUUCCUGGGGGAAGCAAAUCAGACGCUGUGAGAUUGCUGCUGCGGGCGAGGAGGCAGCUGAAAUGGGAGAGCGAUGACAAGUCUCAGGAUGGUCGGACCACCACAGUGGCUGGAUUUAUCGACUGGGGACCCACAGGAACAGAGGAUAACUUUGACGAGGACGGGAAAGUGGUGCCCAAAUCCACACUGUCCACUAAGGCCUUGACCACCACAGUGGCCACCACCACCACCACCACUACCAAGAUCCCUCAAAGGACGUUUGCAGUGGUAACCACACCGCCCCCCAGGAGGCUAAGCACCACAAAGGCCAGCGUCAGCUUGGGGGAGACUGUCAAACCACCAAAGCCAUAUGGGGACACACCAGGUCUGGCAGUUCACCAGAUUAUCACAAUCACUGUGUCUCUCAUUAUGGUUAUUGCAGCCUUGAUCACAACACUUGUCCUUAAAAACUGCUGUGCACAGUCCGGGAAUGGUCGUCACAAUAGCCAUCAGCGGAAAAUCCACCAACAAGAGGAGAGCUGCCAGAACCUGACGGACUUCACUCCUGCUCGGGUGCCCAGCAAGUUGGACAUGUACACGGGCUACGACAGCCUGCAGUGCUCGCACGAAUGUGUGGGGACCGCUGUGCCCAUAUACACAGAUGAGAUGAUCCAGCAGAUGCCCGUCUACAAGACCACAUACAAUGGGAAUAGACCUUCUCCUACAGAAAGGCAGCUGAUUCCUGUGGCCUUUGUGUCGGAGAAAUGGUUUGAGAUCUCCUGCUGACCAGCUAAAGGCCUUUUCCCUUCCUGUAGGCAGAACAUCCUGAAUUUAUGCUCUGAUCCCCAUGGUCACUUUGCAAGCAACAGAAACAACGUACACAAAACAACGGCCAAUUUUGUAAAAUAGUUGGAUCUCUGGACACCGGUGAAGAUGUUUAUUUUUCUAAUAUUCCUACAAACGGAGCAGCCGCAUUGCUGCCACUCACUACAUGACUUUCCAGGGACCUGAUGUUGUUAGAUGACAACGUAGAGGUAACAUUUACAGUAGAUAUAUUUACUGGACAUGUGGGACAAGAUGGUAGACGUUAUCGACGUCUCAAAGAGGAUAUAUAACUUUGGGAGGAGGAUCCCAGCAGCUGCUGUCUGUGGAAGAGGAUUUCUGAACAAUGUGCCAAUAAAGCCACUAUGUGCCACAAUCUGUAUAAAAGAAACUAUUAAUGACAACAAUCCUUGGACAAAAAAAAGACAGAGUGCUAUAUUUACCCUGUAUCAACCUGAUUCCAUUGUUUUUAUAAUGAAACAAAGAAAAAAUAUGUUAUACAAGUAUUUGAAUAUGUUUUGAGAAAAGGUUGAAGAAUUGUGGUGCAAUCCAAAAGAUAUUUAUACAGUAUGAAGCACUAUUCAUUGAGUUUGAAAAAAAAAAAAAGAAGAAACGGUAAAUGCUUUAUUCUGCACCUAAUUUAAGGCAUUGUUACUAAGUCCCAUUUUAAAACCAGAGUAGUCUUGUCUAUUUUUAUACAUAAAAGAGGUCAGUCACAACCCCAACAGCGCAGUUCCUGUGAAACUGGAUUUCUGGACUGUUAACCAACUUAUUUUGUCCAAUCUGAGAUUAAAACAAAGGGGAUGAUCUGGAACACACAUUAUCCAGCUACAACCGAUGAUUGAAGCUUUAUCAUGAAGGGUAUGACUUUUUCUCUAUAAGAAUAUAAAAAUAAUCUCGAUGGACAUGGUGUCCCUGGUUACUUAACUAUGGAAGGUACAGUAUAAUUAUGUGGAUAGAACACAUGAAAGGUGAUUAGCAGUAUAGUUGUACUGCCUCAGGUCAGCUUUUUACACACACAUUUAUUACAAUAAUUAUCUGAAUUCCUGCACCACCAUUAUAAUUUAGAAUACUCAGUGAUGGGUUGGAUAUAAACUGGAUGGACACAGGCAGCUUUUAGAAUUAACUGAAGAAUUGGAGUGAGUUUAUUAUGAAUGCAAUACUUUAUUCAAAUCAGAGAAGGAUUGGGAUAUUAAAUCUGCCCUCCUUUUACUGAUUCAUGUAAUCAGUAAACAAAUUAAGUUUAGAAAAACAUUCCAAAAUUCUGCUGCAGAAGUAGUCAAAACAAAUGUACAUGACAGUAACUGUAAAACUGGAGCUUUGUAAUGAAGAACCAAACACAUUCUACGAUAAAGAGACAGGAAGGAUGCACAAAUGGAAAUAAAUUGCUAUUCUCCCUUCAGUGGAGAAUACAAAAAGUGUCCCUCGUGUCUAAAUUAGCGGCAUAUUGUCCUUUGACUACAGCUCCAAUCAUGAAAGCUCAUCAAGCUGAUCCAUCAGAAUCAAUGACGACACUGGGAUCUUAGAGCUAUGUACAGUGGAUUUACAUUUGACAUACAAUGCUCACAUCAGUAAUGUUCCUCUCAGUCCAUUGGCCUAUUCGUGGCUGGCUGUGCUUGCAGUGUGUCAGAUUCUUUAGAAAUCAAUUAACGAAUCAAUGAAUGAGUUGUGAGGUUGUGCACACAUUUAGAGGUGCUUCCAGGAGCAUAUUGAACAAUAAACAUAUUCUAUCAGUUGUGCAGUCCCCAGAACCCAGAAACUACAGGGGUAUCUGAAGGGCUGCCCUCUUAAAACGGCCAUGAUGUAUGAAUCUGCAAUGUACGAGGUGGAACAAUAAAGGACAGGACCAUUUAAGUUUGGCAGUAUGGUACACAACAUGUGCAAUGUAGGUAAUGUCUGGAGAUAAUUUAAAAGUCUAGAUUGAUACUUCCCAAAGUUGUAUUGCUCCAAGAGUUGCUCUGUGGGUAUGUUUAAAGCACAAGAAUACAAAAUUACAGUUUAAAUGGAUUGGACAGAUAUAUUUACAGACUAGUAGAGACAUGAUUUGAAUAUAGAAUAUAGAAAAAUCUAUCAGCACUCAUCUGCUUAUUCCAUGAGGUGGUCUGUGUUUCAGGCUUGUAUUUAUCUGAUCACUGAGCUCCAGGCAGAAGAUGUACCUAAAUCCAUGUUGGUAAUUUAAGAGUUGACACACUGACCCAUGAACCCAUAUACCAACGUACAAUUAUGGUUUACAUCUUUGUCCAUUCACA